ACUCUUAUGAAUGUUAUAUAUAAAUCUCCUAAUGAAAGAAACAGAUCCGACGAAAGAGGAACAAACAAAAGAAAUACACAAAAACGAAAACGAAAACGAAAACAAAAAAUGGGUUGUUUACGUUCUCUCUCUCAAACUUUAACUCCCAUCUCUCUCCUCUUCUUCUCUCUCCUGUCGAUUGCCAACUUCGCUGCAGCGUUUAACCUGUCGACAAUCACCUUCAACCAGGGCUACUCACCUCUCUUCAGCGACUUCAACAUCAUUCGAUCCGACGAUGACAAGAGCGUCUCUCUCCUCCUCAACCGUCUCUCCGGCUCUGGUUUUAUUUCCUCGGACUACUACAAUUAUGGUCUCUUCAGUGCAAACAUCAAGUUGCCAUCGAAUUACUCUGCUGGCAUCGUCGUCGCAUUUUAUAUGUCAAAUGGAGACGUAUUUGAGAAAACCCAUGAUGAAUUAGACUUCGAGUUCUUAGGAAACAUCCAUGGAAGACCAUGGAGGUUCCAGACGAACUUGUAUGGAAAUGGAAGCAUACACCGUGGCAGAGAAGAGAGGUAUACUCUGUGGUUCGAUCCGGCCAAGGAGUUUCAUCGAUACACCAUUCUUUGGACCUCCAAAAAUAUCAUAUUCUAUGUUGAUGAUGUCCCAAUAAGAGAGGUGGUCCGCAGCAAAGCCAUGGGAGCAGACUACCCAUCCAAGCCAAUGUCCCUCUACGCCACCAUCUGGGACGCCUCCACCUGGGCCACCAACGGCGGCAAAUACAAAGUCAACUACCGCUUCCAGCCCUUCGUCUCUGAAUUCAAGGACCUCGUCCUCCAGGGCUGCCCCGUCGACCCCAUCCAACAUCUCCAUGCCCCCCACUGCGACAACUCCACUGCCGCCCUCGAAUCCGCCGACUUCUCCAACAUCACCGCCGAGGGCAGCAAAUCCAUGAGCAGGUUCCGCGAAAGGUACAUGUAUUACUCAUAUUGUUACGAUACCGUGCGGUACCCCAUGCCACCCCCGGAGUGCAUAAUCGUCCCAUCCGAGCAGCAUCUGUUUAAGGAGACCGGGAAGUUGAAGGAUGCAUUGAAGAUGAAGUUUGGCCGCCACCCGACUCACCGCCGCCGCCGCAGCAGAGGCUCAAAGCGGAAGAGCCAGGUCCCAGUUGCUCAAGCUGGCCAGGCUGCUUCUGAUAUGUGAUGAUGAUGGUGUGUAUGAAAUACUUGUAUGUGAAUGUUAAUAGUGGCGGUUCUUUUGUUUUAUAAUUGUUAUUAAUUAUGUGGUAAGGAAUUAUGUAUGAUUGGUGAUUGGUAAUUGAACUAUCAAAUUUUUGAAAGAACACAAACUAUGAAACAACAAAUCAACUUCAAUUUCUA